AUGGUUAUUGGCCCAGUAGGCUAUAUUACUUUCACUGGAAUGCUUUCUGUUGAGGAAGAAAAGGCAGAAAUUGCUAAAGAAUUGACUGGCAAAAAAGUUUCAAAAAAAAUUUUUAUAUUAAAAAAUUUAAAAAAGGUCAUUUUCCUUCGAAAUCAUGGUUUUGCCUGUUGCGGUACAACAGUAGAGGAAGCUUUACAUUUAGCCUAUCAUACACUUAAUGCUUGUAAAGCACAAAUUUCAGCUUUGUCUGGCGGUUUGAAAAAUAUUAUUUUGCCGGGUAAAGAAGAGAUAAAUAAAACUUAUGAACUUGCUAAACAUGGAGGUAUAAAUAAAUUAUAGAAAAUUAAGAGAGAUCUUUUGACUAGAAAUUGUUUCUGAAUACUGACACGAUUUCUUAAGGUCAUAAAAUUUCGUAAAAAUCAUAGAAAAAUUCGGAACGUAACGGAACAAUUUUUUACUUCGCUCCGAAACAAAAUGAAAAAGGACAAAAAAGUCCAAAACGAGAUUUCGCAUAGCAUAGUCUCCGAUUGGUACAUUUUUCCUUUUUUAUCAUCUAGGCUGGGAGGACCUCUUAUCUGGGGUAUCUUCCCAGAA